AUGGCGCUCUUCUAUGUUGCCCGGUACCCGGGGCCCGAGGCGGCGGAGCCGGCGCAGGCGGAGGCCGAGGCGGGCGGCCGGGCCCGUGCGCUGCUGGAGAGGCUGCAGAGGCGGGCCCGAGAGCGGGAGCAGCAGCGGCGGCAGCAGGAGCCUGCGUCUCCAUCGGCGAUCGCGGAGGCGGCGGGAAAGCGGCGGCGGCGGCCGCGGCGGCGGCGGCACGGUAGCAGCGCGGCGCCGGGGAGCCCGGACGCACUGCGGAGGAAGCGGCGAAAAGCGGCCAGCGGGGAUGCGGACGCAGAGAGCAGCGACGAGGCGCCGGAGGAAAGCAGCGUAGGCGCCGAGGAGAAGAUACGGGAGGAGGCGGCAGAGGCCCCAGAGGGUAACCCCGAGGAAAAGGCAUCUGGACCCCCAGCCCACGCCCUGGUGCUUGGGGGCUUCGAGAGGAGGAAGGCGCCGAAGGUCCAGCCUUUACUGCCCACGUGGCUGGCGGAGCCAAGUUGGGUGGGGAAGAAGGUCACUGAGCACCUCGUUCCCAUUCAGGAUAUCCCUGAGGUCCACCCUGAUCUGCAGAGGAAGCUGCGGGCCCAGGGCAUCUCGUCCUACUUCCCAGUCCAAGCAGCUGUGAUCCCUGCCCUCCUGGAGAGCGCAGCUGGGGGCUUUCUGGUGGGGAGAGGGGGCUUCCGGCCCCGAGACCUAUGUGUCUCAGCCCCGACGGGCAGCGGGAAGACGCUGGCCUUUGUCAUCCCUGUGGUCCAGACCCUGCUGCAUCGAGUGGUGUGUCGCAUCCGAGCCCUGGUUGUGCUGCCCACCAAGGAGCUGGCUCAGCAGGUGAACAGGGUGUUCAACAUCUACACGGAUGCCACACCUCUGCGUGUCGCCCUGGUCACUGGGCAGAAGUCGUUGGCCAAGGAGCAGGAGAGCCUCGUCCAGAAAUCAGCAGACGGCUACCGCUGCUUGGCUGACAUUGUGGUGGCCACCCCUGGCCGCCUGGUGGACCACAUCGACCAGACUGCGGGCUUCAGUCUGCAGCAGCUGCGCUUCCUGGUCAUCGACGAGGCAGACCGCAUGGUGGACAGCAUGCACCAGUCCUGGCUGCCGCGGGUGGUGGCGGCCGCAUUCCAGAGCCAGGGCCCGGCAGACCCCUGUGCUCUACUUCAGCGGGGGCCACUGAGGGCCGUGACUGCUGCCAGCACCUGGGCCCCCCAGAUGCCUCUGCAGAAGCUGCUCUUCUCGGCUACCCUGACCCAGAAUCCCGAGAAGCUGCAGCAGCUUGCCCUCCACCAGCCCCGGCUCUUUUCCGCUGGGCUGGAGAGCAGGGGCCUUGAAGGCACGGGUGACGACGUGGCAGGAGACAUGGGCGGGAAGUAUGCCUUCCCCGAGGGGCUGGCGCACCACUAUGUGCCCUGUAGCCUGAGCACCAAGCCACUGGCUGUCUUGCACCUGGUCCUGACAAUGCGGUUCUCGAGGGUUCUUUGCUUCACCAACUCCCGGGAGAACUCCCACAGGCUCUUCCUGCUCGUCCAGGCCUUCGGGGGGGUCAGCGUGGCUGAGUUCUCCUCCCGCCAUGGGCCUGGCCAGAGGAAGAGGACCUUGAAGAAGUUUGAGCAGGGCAAGAUUCAGCUCCUCGUCAGCACAGACGCCACGGCCCGUGGCAUCGACGUGCAGGGAGUGGAACUGGUGCUCAACUAUGACGCACCACAGUAUGCGCGGACCUAUGUGCACAGGGUUGGCCGGACGGCACGAGCAGGACGAGCUGGACAGGCCUUCACACUGCUGCUUCGGGUGCAGGAGCGGAGGUUUCUGAGGAUGCUGGCUGGUGCAGGCGUGCUGGAGCUGAGACGGCAUGAGAUCCCCGGAGAGCUGUUGCAGCCGCUGGUCCCCUGCUAUGAGAUGGCCCUGGCCCAGCUGGAGAAGACGGUCAGGGUAAGGAGCCUGCAGGGUCUCGGGGCAGGUCCAGGCCCCCCUGCACACACUGGCUGUGCUCCUUGAGGAGACCGAGGCUGCUGAUGUUGUUGAAAAGUAUGGAGGAAAGCAGACACGAAGUGGAGGACCAACACCAAGUGGGAGGAGGGAAUAUGAGCCCUGAGCUGCCCUUGAGCUUUGUGGCAGGGGUGGAGCCAGAGUGGGCAUUCCAAGGGCGUUGGUUUUUUAUUUUGUGGGCAGUCGAGACUGCUUAGGUGAAAGGGUGGCUGCAGCAGGGCCCAGGUUGCGGCUGGCCUGACCUUUUUUCCUCCCCACAGGAGGAGCGAAAAGAGAAGGCAGCUUAGGGUGAGCCCCCUCCCGGGAGACCCCAAGGACUGAUGUGCUGACGUGAGCAGAGGACAACUUAUUCGAGUCUUGAAGAUAUAACGCUGCUCAUCUCAUACAGAGAGCUGAUGCUUUGGUCUUUCACAGCCAUAGACCGUCAAGGCAGCAACGCCGAGCUUCCUGGAGAUAAGACGGAGUGGGGUCUGUUGUUUGGUGAGCGUUGGGGGCUAACCUUUAGCUGGUCUGACAAAUCUAGCUCUCCUAAAGCCUCGCUUGUUUGUCGUGUCAGGUUGAAGGGGGUGAGUUGCCUGCACCCAGGGUGUGUAGUGAUGUGUGCUGUCCACACCUCGCCCAGAUACCCUAGGAGGAAUGGAGAGGCUCUCUAAUCGGUGAGGGCAUUCCCAUUGUUAUGGAUGUCAGAAACCAAAACGACAGGUGUGUAGCUAUCCAUACCUUGUCUUAUUGUGUAAUCAACCGCUACCCAGAUAUAAAGUAAACUCAGUGUGGAAAACUCCCUUGUGAAACCUCAGGGACAACAAGCGUCAGUGCUCUGACCGGAGCUGUCAGAAGGCUGUUUCCGUAAGGGCGGCAGAGUAACAAGACAAAAACUUAAAAGAAAGCAGUUACAAAUGAGGGCUCUCUGUCUUUGCCUGGGGAACGCUGUCACGUCAGUGAGCAAUGGUGGAAGUCAGGUUCUUGACGUGUAGAACCACCUGAGUCACGGUGUUCCAUCCCAGCUGUGCCCAGUGACAGUUAACAACCAGGAACAUGUCAUGGAGCCGAAGGGAAUGCACUCAGACUAGAACGUCAAACUGAACCGAAGGACUCCACCUUCUUGGGGACAUGGACACAGCAUGACGCGUGCACACGUGAGCAGAGGGCAACUAGGGACCGAGCUCUGGCAGGCUCUAGGGACCACAUACGGGAUGGAAGCUGCGGGCCCAGCAGAGCCCCCGCUGUCCACCAUGCCUCGGCUGGCAGGUCCAGCUCUGACCUGCUUGCACUGCAGGAGAGACAUCUUCAAGUGUGACUUCCUGGCUCCCACCCCGCCACUGCUCAGCUGGGCUUUGUGGGGGCUGUCAGCCUGAUGGGGGGCACCCACGCCUGUGUCUUUGGUUGCUAACUCCGGGCCUUGCUGGAGACGGCCGGUACCACCUGCUGCUGUGUGAAGCUGUGCUGUGUCACUAGGGCUGCUGCAGGGUGGCUGUGGUGGGACACCCAGCUUGUGGCGGGACCAGGAUCUGCAGGUGGAGAGGACAGGAGAAGCAGGGGCUCAGAGCUGACUGUCCACAUCCGUCAGCCGGGACGACCAGCUCCCAUCCCGAUCAGGUCAUCCGAGACAGGUGACCGCAUAUCCCACAGUUCUGAAGCAGUGGCCGGAGCACUUGCUCAGAGGGAUGGGCUGCUCCCCAUGUGAACGGCCAUGACGUGGACUGCGCAGUGAGUUCAGCCCCAGCACUGUGAAAGCAGCACCCCAAGCCUUCCCAGGGCAGGAGUGUAAGGAGGGAGCGGAGACCCGCCUGGAGAGGUGGGAGGGACAGAGCAAAGUGCCUGGGACUCCUGAGUGGAGGUGGCUGGGAAGAAGGCCGUGGCCGAGACAUUGUGGGAGAAGACUGAGCAGCUGCUACUUCGUGUGACCUUUAACAGUUACCUGCUGGGAAGCAGGCACCUCCUGCUGCAGGUUCUUCACAGGCACCUGCUGCUGAACGGUGUAAGGCAUCUUGGCGACCUUCAGGAAGCAAACGGAGGCCGUGGCCUUAGAUAUGGGCCUCGGGGGUAUCUGCCUCUCAGGGUCCGGGCCCGUACUUCUAGCCAGGGGCCUUAGAGAAUUAACACACACCCCCAUGCUGGGGUCAGGCACAGAGGUGUGAGAAGCUGCACCUGCAUCGGGGUCCAUGCAGCCGUGGGGAACAGUGACUUCCUGGGUGUUUACCCAGAAAACACAAAGGUGGGCUUUAGAGGAGAGAGGCACAGGGUGGCUGCUCCACGACAGCUCUUUCCCUUCCUGUGAAGCAAAGAUUGAGGGGUGGCCUUAUGUUACUGGCAGAUCCAACUGCCUGACGCUAAGCCACCCACUGGGGGCUGUCACUGUGGACGCAGCACAUAUACGUGAACACACCUAACGGAGUAACCCCACAAGAGAACCUCCCCCCAGAGCCUCAUGAGGACCCCUGUGGGCUCCACCCAGGGGCAGCUCCAACAUCACUGGGCAGCGGUAAUCACUGCGGAUGCUAACUUGGCCAUCUGCCCUGAUCGGGGCCUCCCUCCACGAGCGGCCUUGGCACCAGGCUCAACGCCCCAGGGCACCUGGCCUUACCUCCUUCCCUGCAGCCCACUGACAGCUUUUUAAACUGGCGUUCUCAGGUGUCUUGUUGAUAUUGGCUUUGAGGAACUCAAGCGCACAUUGAAGGAGCCGUAGUGGCUGAAAAGUUAAAUGCCCAGCUGCCAACAGAAAGCCUGGCAGUUCAAACCCACUCAGCAGCUCUCGGUGGGAAAAAGAUCUCACAAUCUGCUCCCAUAAAGCUUACAGCCUAGGAAGUCCUGUGGCUGUUCUGCUGUCACAUGGAACCGACUCUGACUGACUUCCAACAGCAGUCCACAUUGUCAAGGGCAGACGUCCCCAUCCAAGUAAUCUUGCAUAGGGGUCGUUUUAAAUAUUUUUCUAAAAAUGUACAUUAUACAUAAAUGACUCCCCUCCCCCCCGCUUCAUGUCUAUCUUUUAAAGCAAAAUUCUGCAGGAAGAAGGCAUCAAACCCUGUGCCCUCAUGGCUGCCCACCCAUCACCCCUCACCUUGUACAGCCUGGGGCGGGGCCCUGGGUGCCAUGAGGCUGGAUGGCCGCCUGCUGCUGGAGCUUCCAUAGCUGCCACACAGGAAGGGGCUGCGUCACCAUGGCUGGGCCUCCUGGAAGGAGGACACGAGGUGGUCCUGGGGCUGGUGGGUUAUGAAGGAGCCGUCAAGGGCCUCUGAAGGGAUUACCUGUCCUGCACUGCUGUGAUGGCAGCCACUCCGAGGGCACAGCAGGUCUGCGUUGUUCAUAGGAAGGAAGGCAAAAGGUGCAGAUUCUAACUGGACUCCUUAGAAACAAACGUGGCAAUGACUGCACACAGAUCCUGCCAGGCAGACCCUACUGGCUGCCCCGAGGGCCACAGUGAUCCCAGCCACGCUGAAGGGCAGCGCUGGGACCCCAGCAGGGGCCACCACAGCUGCUGGCACGGACACCACGGGGGGCUUCACCAGGGCCGGUUCAGCUGCCAAGGGCGCCAUCAGUGCCGGGCCGUGGAGCCGGGGCAGCCCACCCACUGCAGGCGCUGGGCAGUGAGAUGGGAACUUACAAGUCAGGCCACCUGAUGGUUGAACAGCGCUCUGGGCUGUGGGGCCAUAAUCUUGGGGAGCUGGGGGCUGUGCUGCCCUGGUGGCGUGGACAGCACCAUCUGCAGUCUGACCAGCUGCUCCUGUGGCACAGAGAACAGUCAUCUGUCUACAUCUCAGAGGCACAGACUCUUGCGCAGACCUGAUGACUACCUUUUCUGCACACAUGCUUUAAAGUGCUCAUUGGAAGGUAAGCAUCUAAUCACGGCACAGACGUCAGAACAGAUGUUUUACCCACGACUCUAACAUCGUCCCUAAUGUGUCACUCACCGAGGCAGAGCUGGCCUUUCCUGCCCGUGGCCCUGAGACUGGUACCCCUAACCCCCGAAAGACUGGGUUGUGGGGGUGUGUGGCCCAGGGUGGCCCGAGGUGUCUGGGAACUGCCUGAGCCACAACGCAUCGACAGCACAGCGUUACUUCCACUUGAUUUUGUGGAAUAAAAUUCAUUCUGACACUUUAAUAUUAAGCAACAGAAGCUUGAGGGUGGAGUUGCCGCAAAUGUAACGUGCGCCGAGCCCUGUGGUUUGCACAGGCCAGUCCCACCCUCAGUGCCCAGCAGUCACCUGCCCUGUCCUCCGUGCUCUGACCUCCAGACGGUCACAGCAGCAGCAAAGGUUCACCACCUUCCAGCAUUGAAAGCACCACAACGUCUGUUCGCCACAAGGAACAAAACUGACGCAGUUUCCUGACCUGGGACAACUUCCCCCCAGCUUUCUCCUGGCCCAGGGCUGGCGACACCUGCAUGAGCUAAUGGCUGCUGGAGGUGGGCAGGGGUGAGUGCUUUGCCAGGAAGCUGUGCCCCUGCGGCUGCUGAGAAUUCAGCAGCUUAAAGGGGAUUCUGGGGGGCACAAGGCCCUUGUUUGAUCAGGACGGUCUCAGGUGAGGGUGGUCAGGGACAGAGUUUACGAUCAUUAAAACAGGUUGGUCCCUAUGAAGAACGUAGGCUAACGCUGCUGAGCAGAAAAGGAAAAUGGCUUUCAGACUUUAUCUGUGGCCUCGGGGUGACGCUCAGAGCCUGCUGGUGUGGAAAGCACCUGAGGAGAACUGGUGCUGUGCAGAGCAGACAGGGUGCUCUGAAGCUCCCCCCACAGAGAGCACAGCCCCAGCAAACUCAGCAAGGCCCACAUCUGCCCUGCUGUGGCUGCUUUAAGGGCCACUUCUUGAGACCUGAGUGUGGCCCGUGUGCCUAGUUAGAUGCUGGGGGAGAUGACCCAGUCUGUCUCGGGUGACACCUUCCAUUCGCACCCCGUGGUUACCUGGGGUCCUUGGUGUCACUGUGGACAUUGUUGGGGCCUGGGCUGGAGUCAGGCUGGCGGCUGCAGCAGAGGUGGCCAUGGCUCCCCCGCCCCCGGAGGAAGCAGGGGUCACCAGCUUGCUAGCCAGUGCUGCUGGGAAGCCACGGGCUUGGGGCCGGGCUUGGGCCACCUGUGGAAGCUGCAACCCCUGAGGCCUUGGAGACAGGAGAGAGGUGAGAUCUGCUUCUGAGCAAGAUCAGACAUUUCUUGCUAGAAGCCUGUCCAGUUUUCUGACAGGGUCCCGGAGGGCACCCAUGCGCCAUGGGGCCUCCACAUGCUGCCUGGGCAUUGCCGAGGGGCAGGGCACUUAUGCCAGGGCUGUGGGCAGGACCGGGGGCUGGAGAGUAGCAGCAGAGACCCCAGGAGCGGCGCUCAGGACGCUCCCACUUACAGUUGCUGAAAAGAAGUCAACAUGGGGAGAUGGUGAGGCGAGAGCCCUGUCAGCUUACCAGAGCCGUGAACCCCACGCUCACCCGUUGGGAUGCCAGCACCCACAGGCCUGAGUGCUGCAGCCUGUGGGGACAUACUGCAUCAGAUCUGUCACGGCAGCUCAGGGCUGGAGGGCGGCAAGGUGGCUGGCCACAGCUCCACGCUCCACCCCUCCUCAUUCAUUCGUUAUCCGUCCAACACUCCUCGGGUGCCUGCUGCGUGCCACACGGUUAGGAUGUGUCAUGAGAGUCCAGGCAGGUGUCACCAUGGGCAGGGCAAGACAGACAGAGAGUGGACCUGGGUGGGCAGGUGGAGAGCUGCUUCCUGACAUGAGCCUAAUGUUGCUGAUGCUACAGCCAAGUGAGGGAGGUGGGACAAGGAGCCUGGCUGUGACAGGCACAGGGAGUAUAUGCAAGCCUGCUGAGGCCUCCCUGUGAGGAACGCCCGGAGCCUGAGGGGACACUUGCAGUAAAGGUGCUGUGCUGAUGAGACAGCCACUCCAGCCUCUGUCUGCAGGGGCCCUGUCGUGGCUGUGCCUCCUCCCAGCUGUAAAGGGACAACAACAGGGCUCCUAACGUUAGCCCAGAAUUGCUGUGAUGGUUCCAUGUCAUCCCGUGAAGCACCUGCGUGGAGCCUGAACGUAGUGGGUGCUCAGCCACUGUGUGGAGCCACUGUGCAUGGAGUGACUCGGUCUGUCUCGCAUGCCUGCUCACACACGUGCAGGCAGCUUGCCCAUGCUGCUAAGGACCAGGCCCCAGGACCUGGCCCUGCAGCCGGGACAGCUCAUGCAAGCUGUCCCAUGAACAACAGCAAACCUGAGCGAACGUGUCCCCCUCCUGGGGGCCUUGGGAAGGAGCAGGGCCAUGCACCAGGGCAGCGGGGCUGGCUACGGGCGUCCCCGCUGUGGGCAGUGACGGCAGCCUGGAGCUGGCUGGUUUGCUGUGGAUGUACCCCUGGUGGUGGCGGCUGCUGGGCUCUCUGCUGUUGAGCCAAGGCCUAGAAGAAAACCACAGUAUGGGACGUUUUUCUCAAUAUCACAAGCUACUUUUUUGCAGAAAAUAAAAACACAGCUACAGUGUCAGCAAUCCGGUCACCCAUGUCAGAGCCCUAGGCUGGAGGGAAAUGUGGCCAGUGUGGGGCCUGGGGCACCUUUUACAUGACCACCUGCUGUGUGCCCACACCAGACCCCAGCUCAGAGUACAGGCUGACACCCCACCUGCUUUGGGGAAAUGCUCUGCUCCCAGGGAGGUGACUUGGGUUGGGUGCAGAGGCUGGUCGUAGUUGGUCCCACUGAACACAGAAGCAGCAGCGUAAAUACCACCUCCAGGAGGGUCUGCCCUGCAGUCGAGGGGUGGUGGGAACCCAGGCUCAGAUCUCUGCUAGCACCAAGGCGUGCUUUGGAUCCUUCUGGAAAGGGUUCAUGCCAAGCCUGCAACGAAGCACGUUCUGUUACUCGGGCAUCACAGUCAUGCCAUGGAAGCACCCCCCUUCUCCCUUGAGCCUCAAACGCAGGAGGCCCCUCAAGACGCUCAGCAGGGCCUGGCCCUCUCCAUCCCACACCACCUCCACCUCCCCAGCGAGGGCCACGGUGCUCAGAGCUGGCACCUCAGAGAGAUAAAGAUGGUACCAGAUGUAAAUACAUUCACAAGUCAACUGUACGUGAUUACAAGCAACGCAGCCAUUAAAAGGAAUCCUUUAAAUUCGCUCCUUAAUUUGUUGUUUGGAAAACGCACACCUGCCUGUAUCAGGUUUGUUUAGCGUGGUGGUUCUCAAGCGUUUUGUCCCACGUCCCUGUUUCAUUCUUAGAAAGUGAGAGCCCCAGAGGGCUUUGUCUGCGUGGGUUAUGGUUGUCGAUGUUACCACGUUAGAGAUACGAAGUCACUGGACGAAAACCAGCCUCACACGGCUUUGCAGGAGGGGUAUUCCGGCAGGCUUCUCAGGUGCUUCUCUGAUACCACACUGGACUUUCCCAAGUGAUGGUUUCUUAAAGGAUGGCUGCGAUGUGGCAUCUGAGUCCAUGUUAGCGGAUGUCUUGUGCUCUUUGUUGGUCUCCUGUGCUUUGGGAUGUUGACCCAAGCGUGAUGCCACACCACCAGCAUGGUCACUGGGAAAGACUGGCUCAGUGACUUAGAGGUCUUCCUGGCAGUGGCACGUUUCAUUACAGAUCGUCUUAGGGGCAUCUCAGGAAUGCUGCGAAAACCGCUGGACGCUGCCAACACCCUCACAGCACACUUGGAAGCCACUAGUUUAAUGCAGAAGAUAUUUAAAACAUAACAUGCUGAAAAGAAUAAUGUUUUCUUUCAGCUUUCUAUCUGUAUUCUUGAUCCUUGUAGAGCCUACCGCAGUGCUUCAUUUACAGAAGAGACGUAGGUGCUUAUCUAGUUAAGAGGGAGCAGCCCACUCAACCUACAGGGGUCUGGUGGUUGUACUUCUCUUCCCCGCGAUCGUGUGUACCACCUUAAAGUGGCUGAUGUACAGCUGGGUCUGGGAGGCACCUUCACCCUGGGCGUCAAGCUUGCUGGUGUGGAGUGGGCGGCUGCUCGUGGUCUGAAAGGUAGAGGCAGUACACAGGCAGCAGGCUGGGCUCCUGGCUCAGUCCACUUGCGGAUAUCCACAUCAGUGGUUCUCCACUACCUGGGGGACGCCACCGCACAGCCCAGGGACAAGGGAUGCCACCGUGCAGCCAGGGACCAGGGAGGGACACCACUACACAGCCGAGCCCCACCCCAGGUAUGCUCACUUCUCUGCUGGAGGCCAGGGGACUGAUUCACGCCAAUGAGUGCAUGUUGAGCCACUUAGAUUCAGGGCAGAUAGUAAUUUAUAAGCCAGGGGCAAAAAAUACUAACAGAAUAAAACACACAAGAUAUUGUGAUAGGAGGUAAACGUAACAAUCAUAGGGCGAUAUGAACAAACCCCAAGAGGAUUCCCAGGAGAGUGAGCACACUCGCAGCUUGGAAACCUUCUCAGACAGCAUCAGGCCAAUGGCCUUUUUUUGCAGAAACAGAAAUGCCGAUCCUUAAAUUCUCAUGGAACUGCAAGGGGCACCAAAGAGCCAAAGCAAUCUUGAAAAAGAACAAACACUUUGCAAUUUCAAAAUUUAAUACAAAGCAAUGAGUCGGAAUCAACUUGACGACACUGGGUUUUUUUAAUACAAAGUAACAGUAAUUAAGACUGGUACCGGUAUAACAAUAAAUGGAAUAGAACUGAGUCCAGAAAUAAACCCAUACGUCUGUGGUCAACUGAUUUUCAACAAGGGCACCAAGUCCAUUCAGUGGAGUAAAGAAUAGUCUCUUCAAUAAAUGAAUUGUGUUAGAACAACAAUCUUGACAGGCAAAAGGAUGGAGCUGCAUCCAUACGAGAGAACUGCCCCCCACCCCCCGCUGCAGUCGAUUCCGACUCAGCGACCCUAUAGGACAGAGUAGAACUGCCCCAUAGAGUUUCUAAAGUUGUGAUCUUUACAGAAGCAGACUGCUGCAUCUUUCUCCUGUGGAGGAACUGGCAGGUUUGAACUGCCAACCUUUUUGUUAGCAACCGAGCACUUUACCACUGAACCACCAGGGGACCCAUACCUUACACCAUAUACGAAAACUAAAUCAAAAUGGAUCAAGGACCUAAAUACGAGAAGUAAAACCAUAAAACUGUUGGAAGAGCACAAAAGGGUAAUGCUUCGGGACCUAGUUUCCUAUAAUGGAUUCUUAGAUAUGACACUGAAAGCUCGAACAACAAAAGACAAAAUAGAUAAAUUGGACUUCAUCAAAUAACUUUUGUGCAUCAACAGACUUUAUCAGCAAAAUGAAAAGAACCUAUAAAAUGGGAGAAAAUUUUCUAGAACCAUAUAUCUGACAAGGGUUUAAUAACUAUAUAAAGAACUCCUACAUCUCAACAACAAAAUGACAGAAACCCAAUUAAAAAACAGGAAAAGGACCUGAAAAGACACUGCUACAAAGAAGUUACGAAAAUAGCCAAUAAGCACAUGAAAAGAUGCCCAGCAUCAUUAGUUAUUAGGGAAAUGCAAGUCAAAACUAGGAUGGCUACUAUCAAAAUUACAGAAAAUAACAAGUGUUGGGGAAGAUGAGAAACUGGAGCCCUUAUCCAUUGCUAGUGGGAACGUAAGAUGGUGCAGCCACUACGCAGUUUGUUCCUCAAAAAGUUAAACGUAGAAUCAGCACGUCGCCCAGCACCUCCACUCCUAGGUAUCCAUUCAAAAGAACUGAACGCUGGCACUCAAACGUAUCUGCACGUGAAUGUUCACAGCAGCACUACUCAGGAUAGUCAGAAAGUGGAAACAACCCAAGUGUCCACAGAGGAAUAAACGGAUAAACAAAAUGUAGUCCAUCCACACCAUGUAAUACUCCUCAGCCAUAGAGAGACAUGAACUCCUGAUGCUACAACUUGGAAAGCAUCACGCUGAGUGAAGUAAGUCGGACACAAAAGGACAAGCACUGUUAAAAGCCCACUUACAUGAAAUACCUGAAGUAGGCAAAUGCAGAGACAAAGUUCAUUAGUGGUGAUCAGGAUGGGAUGGGGGAAGGGGGGUCAUGAUUACUGAAGAGGUACUAGGUUUCUGUUUGGGAUGAGGAAAACCUGGAAAUAGUAUUUAGAUGGUAAAUAAAAUGAAUAAAUUCCAGGCAAGUCCAAUUAAAGGAAGAAAUAAAAAAUGCUAUUUAACCAGUCAUAGAACAGAUUAAAAUAAUCAGGAGACUCUACACUAAUGUGUAACCCUAUGGUGAUGACCUUGAAUAUCUACAGAAACUGGGUAGUUUCUCUGCAAAACCUAAACUAACAAAACUGACACAGAAAAAACAGAAAAAGGUUAAUAACCAAUAACCACCAUUUAUUUAUUACAUAAUAAUCAGGAAGAAAAUUAGAGAUCUACCAUUUUAAAAACGCUGUAGGGCCAAAGGGUUUUACUCAUCUGAUCUUUAAAAAUUCAGCCUUUAAAAACCAAGUAAUUACUAUGCUUUUUUAAAUCAUUCAAGUUCAUUGAAAAGAUGCAAACCUCUCGAACUCAUUUUACAAAAUUAACAUGAUUUAAUACCAAAACCUGAUAGCAAAGAGAUACACUUAUAAGAAUUUCACACAUUUUUUUAUGGGAAAUUAGUAAACAGAAGCCACCUUGUAGUAAAAGGACUCACUGUCAUCAGGCGGGAGUGAGUGUGAUAAACAACUCAGGGUGAAGCAGGCAGUCAUGAAAGGGUUAUUAACCAGCCCAUAAUAGUUGUCUUCCAGAAAAGUCUACUCUUGCUACAUUUUUGUCACAACCUUUACAGCAUCUCACCGUGAUUGGUCGAACCCGCAGGUUUCUUGUCUUCUCCUGGCUGGAGGCCUAGGCGCAGGCGCACUGACCCUAAAUCUACCUGCUAUAUGACCUUCCUGGGGUGGCAGGAGCGAGCUGUUGCCAUUUUUUUAGGGCUGUGUGCGAUAUUUUUAGAGCCGUGUGCAAAAACCCAUUCAAUAAAAUUAUGCGGACCGUGCACACAUCACCAGACUGAAGAUCCUCCCCUCACUGUUCAUGCAUAUGUAUGUUACUCCCUAUAAAAGCGGCAAAUCUGCCCUGGUUCAGGGAGCUGGCAGCCUUAGGUCAGGAGACCCUGCCUGCCUCCCAGUUUGCAAACUGUGAAUAAACCUUUCUGUUCUUCCAACCCUGCAUCUGGCUGACUUCAAUUCACCAGUCUGCUUGACAAGAACCUAUUAGUUGAUGGCUUUAAGGGGACUAGGUCAGGAUCGGAAACCCUGGUGGCAUAGCGGUUAAGUGCUAUGGCUGCUAACCAAAGGGUCGGCAGUUCGAAUCCACCAGGCACUCCUUGGAAACUCUAUGGGGCAGUUCUACUCUGUCCUAUAGGGUCGCUAUGAGUCGGAAUCGACUCAACGGCACUGGGUUUCGUUUUUUGGGUUUUUAGGUCAGGAUCAGGAGACUAGUUACUUCUGUCACCAAUCUAAGAGCUAAAAGCCACCAGAUGGCAGUAAGAUAUCUGGUGCCGCAGUGGAUAAGUGCUCGGCUGCUAACCAAAAGGUCGGUGGUUUGAACCCAUCAGUGGCUCCUGGGGAGAAAGACAUGGCAGUCUGCUUCUGUAAAGAUGACUGCCUUGGACACCCUACAGGGCAGUUCUGCUUUGUCCUCUAGGGUCAGUAUCACUCAGAAUCCACUCAAAAGCAAUGGGAUUGGUUUUUGGUUUUCCUAAUGAAAACCCAAAGUAAAAUGCAUAUCAAAGGAAAACUACUUAAAUAUGACAUGUUAAAAAACUAGCUCCCAAAACACAACAGCAAAUACUGUGCUCAGUGUUGA